AUGGCUAACAAAAAGAUACCAACAAUUGCCAAUACGGCAUACAUUAAAGUACUUCCUAAACAGGUGAAAGACCUCACGUCACCGACAUCGUAUAGACCAAUAUCCUUGAUUAAUGUGGAUAUUAAAAUAAUAUCAAAAAUAUUAGCAGACAGACUGGCGAAGGUGCUGCCCCGACUAAUAUCUCCACAUCAAGUGGGGUUUGUCCAAGAGGUUCGAUUUUAUAUUCCUCAAGUUACAGUCAAGCAAGUUUUGGGGAAACUGACAAAUAACAGUUUUGCACUUGACGAGCCACAGUGCAUUUUUCAGCAGUAUAACACAACUGAUGUGUGGUUGGUUAUUGCACUGGAUAAGGUUGUGCCAAGUUUGACUCCAACAAAUCUUAGUAAUCCAUCCAAUUACAAUUUAUUCCAAACUAACAAAUACUAUCAUAUCUACAAGAGGCCAGCUACUGCCUACCCAUGCUUUGAUACUGUUCCAAAACCCAAUGCCAUGAUUCCAGUUGGAACUCAACUAGAUUGUCAAAAUGUUUCAUUUUGUAAUGGCAUUUUAACAGAAAAUGGACCUUAUCGCGUUAAGUUUGUCUUGCUGAACAAUACCACUCUGAUCCAAGAGACCCGCUGGUCUGAAAAAAUCAGCCCACUAACAGGAACAAACUACAAUACUAUUGAUACAAGGAUUGAAAGACAUAGUGCAGGGAUGAUCAUAAUUAUCGUCAUUCUCUCAGUUCUCCUGGCUCUCUUGCUUGCUCUCCUAAUAGCUGCACUUGCCACCGGCAGCAAGGACAUUUGCUGGUGCCGCACUCUUGAUGCUGAAGGAAUACUGGAGGAAGAAGAAGUUGAUAUGAAUGACUUCAUCGCUCCAUACAAAAAACACAAUAUAUAUUUCACUCAUUCACGCAAUAAGAUUCAUCAAAACCAAAGCACGAUGUAAACAAGUGUUCACAUAAAUUCAUCCUUCCUCAUUUAUACUCAUUGGAAUAUACUUUAGGC